GUUAAAAAUAGUCCGACGAGAUUGACUUGCAAAUAAUUUUUCAGAAAAUAAAAACAUUAAUCGUUAUCUAAUUGCAUAUAAAUUCAAAUUGACAAAGCUUUCUCUGAAUUAUUGUCUAAAUGGACGCUGUCGUUUUGGACCCUGAGAGGUCAUCUCCCCCGAUAGAGACACUUGCUGCACGACGGGAAGCUAGGAGGAAACGAAUUUUGGAAAAUUCGAACAAUCGUCUGUCCAAAAUCACAGGAAGGGAACACAACGAACCAGUCACUGAUGAUCGUACAGUGAAACCACCGGAGGUGAUUUAUCCCGAUCCAGAAGAUGAACGAGAUGUGUAUCAGCGACCACAUUUUCCACCAGACGCUGGUUUACCAUUAGCCAAUGGUGAUAUAUUUUCGCUCCUGAGUACUUUACAACAAGCACAAUCGAAUGGAGGAAUAUCCGGUGUCGACACGGCUUAUUCCGGUGGACCAACGAAUGAUGUACCAGCAGUUCCAGAAAGUAGAUUCUUGACGUUUUUGCGUACAAAAAUUCAUAUAGCUUUAAUGGGAAUUGCUGUUUAUUUAAUGUUUGCUACUGAUCAACGAUAUCUGAUUGGAGGGAACGUUUUCAUUUUGCUGUUGAGCUGGGAACUGGUGGAAGUGUUCCUGUUGAAAUCGCACGAACCAAAAUCAUCCUUCUUGGAUAUAGUGCUGCUCCUUGGAGGAAUAUCAAAUAAAUAUUCCCGAAUUAUGAUGAAAAUCGCACAAACCGUAAACAAAGUACUAAAAGAUGUUGCGUUUUUCAUAUUUUUCUUUGUGCUAACACAUCUGGUGUGGAGUAGAAUGGUGCUAGGGAUCGAGUUUAACUAUGUUUUAGGAUAUGAUCGAUUAGAAUCGGACCGGGAACUGGCAUCGUAGGGAGCUCUUUCGCAAAAAUUGCGAUAAGACCACAACUUGGUAAGUGUUCUCGGAUCCUGUUCAAGGGCGCCUUUUGGACCCAAUGUGCAUGCUGUAACACUUACGAGCGAAACCAACCAACAAGAUUAGAUAUAAUUUGUUGCGUAAAAAAUAAGUUGUGUCUAUUAGCGAUAAAUAAGUAUGCAUUUUUAAAAGCCAUAA